CAGUUGCCUUCUGGUGAUCAUCUCUUCCUUACCUGUCUUCACGUUCUCCUAAAUAACGCAAAAAGUCCGAGCAUGUUGCGUUUUUCCGUAAUUUUCCUUUUGGUUAGCUCGGCCAUGUCUUUCGACUAUUGUACCAUAAGCGCCCAGAAUACUAUGUGCAAGUAUAAGCCAACAUCGUACGGAACUGCGUGUAUGAGGACCAUUCCGUUGAAUUUUACAGCUGCUGACAAAACUUUGAUCGUUAGCAUUCAUAACCAACUGCGUCGUCGAGUUGCUAAAGGACUGGAAACACGGGGAUCUCCCGGACCUCAACCAGCUGCUGCCAACAUGAGAGAAAUAACCUGGGAUGACGAAAUAGCUCUUAUGGCCCAGACUCACGCGCAGCAAUGCGUCUUCACUCACGAUGCCGAUCGAAAUGUUGCUCGCUUUAAAGUUGGUCAGAACUUGGCCAUCCAAUUUUCAACUAGAGAAAUGAAGACGGCUAACUGGACAAGUAUGAUCCAAAGCUGGUACAAUGAAGUAGCAAUCAUGAGGCAGUCUUACGUGACGUCCUUCCCUUCAAGCCCGGCAGGAGUGAUUGGUCACUACACCCAAAUGGUAUGGGCAACAACGUUCAAGAUUGGUUGCGGAAUUGUUUCGUAUUAUGACACCAACUUCCAACCACAAUAUCCCUACAAACUAUUUUACGUUUGCAAUUAUGCCAUUGCUGGAAAUUAUCUCUCUUCACCAGUGUACAAAUCUGGUACGGCUGCCACGGCUUGUCCAUCUCCCACCGUACCCAAAGAUGGACUUUGUGCGUGAAGAACCUAAAUCGUUUUGACGCUGAUCUUUAUUACGGAUGCUGGGGCAUUUUAAUGGAAAACAUUUCUCAUUGGGACAUUUAUAACAGGAUUUUAAUAGAACUUGAUUUAAGUCUCUUCGUUGUUACUCUUGUUUUUAUAUUUAAAUUUUUUUUUAGUCAUUU